GUACAGUUCUAGAGCAAUAAAUUAACUUCCGAACAUGAUGUGGGUUUUCAAUCAUAUACGCAACAACAAGUGAUAAUAAAGUGACUGUUUUUCCCGUACCUGAGGGCAUUUCAAGAAGACAAUGUCCCUAGAGGAAUAAAACAUUUAGUAAUUAAUUUAUUAUAUAUAUAACAUCAAUAAUUAUUUACCUUUGCAUCUAGAGCUUUUUUCAAUUCUGACAUAUAAGCAUAUUGCUCUGGAUAUAUAUAGUCAUAUGGAAAAUAAACAAUUAAUCCAUCUACGCUUAACCUGAAAAAAUAACACAUACACUUAUUUUAUAAAGAAUAUUUGAAAAUUUUUAUACCUCAUUUUUUAUAUUUUUGUAAAUACACAGAAGAGCGUUUUAUACGUAUAGGUUAUAAUUUUCUUCUUUCUUUAUUCUGUUCCACAAUUAUAUCGCGUAGAUCAUAGACUUUAAUUAAUAAUGUUCAAAAGAAUCCGCAUUAUAAUAUAAAAUAAAUUAUAAAAGAAGAGAUUUCUAAGCAUAAAAGUGAAUUAUGAAUGAUAUUGUCCAAAUAUUUCAUAAAGUAGAUAUAAGAGAGUCUUCCAGCGAGAGUGGAAGUAAUGUUUCAUCAAGUGAAGAAGAAUCUGAUCAAGAGGCAAAUCCCAGUUUUCCAAUUGCAAUGUGGGAUUUUAAUCAGUGCGAUCCUAAAAAAUGUUCGGGUAGAAAAUUGGCCAGGAUGAGUUUAGUUAAAUGUCUUAAACAGAAACAACGUUUUCAUGGAAUUGUAUUAACACCUACUGGAGAAAAAUGUGUAAGCCCGGAAGAUCGAGGGAUAGUUGAAACUAAGGGAAUUGGAGUAGUAGAUUGUUCUUGGGCUAGAAUUGACGAAACUCCAAUAGCAGCACUGAAACCUGCCCAUGGAAGACUUCUUCCAUUUUUAGUGGCUUCAAAUCCCAUUAAUUAUGGUAAACCAUGCCAGUUGAGCUGUGUAGAAGCGAUUGCAGCUACUAUGUAUAUAACUGGAUUUAAAGCAGAAGCUAGAUUUUAUAUGAAUAAAUUUUCUUGGGGUCACUCAUUCGAGGAAUUAAAUAAAGAGUUACUAGAUAUUUAUGCUUCUUGUACCGACAGUAAAUCUGUUGUGGAAGCUCAACAUGAGUACAUAAAAAAAGAACAGAUGAAGCAGGAGGAGGAUAAAAGAAUGCAACCAGAUUUUCCAAGCUCCAGUGAUUCAAGUGAUACAGAAUGAUGUUUGAAAUGUAUUUGUACAUAGUUUUGAGAUAUAGCAUAAUAUAUUUUUUAAAUUGCCCAUAACAUACAAAUAUUUAUGGAUUAAAAAGGAAAGACAAAUAAAAUCAUUAUAUUUCUGUAUAAAAAA